AUGUCCACAGGAUUACAUACGCUUCCUCCACUCCGCCCGUCUCAUGAAUCCUAUCGCACUGAAGAUGCAGCAGCAUUUUUCAGAGAGACCGCAGCUCAGUGGUACAGAGCCUACCUCAAUGAGGUUCAUCAUCGCCCUAUUGAGACUGGACGCGUGAUUCAAGAUUUGAACGUUCGACUGAAUCGGCUGGAAAACAUUCUCUUCUGUAUCCUGAAGGAGAUAGGGCACCUGCGCGGCACAACGGAAACGGAUGUCAGGCCGGGGCCCAGUGAGCAGGAGGAGGAGUAUGACCCUGAUAACUGUACUGUAUUUGAAGAUAUAGAUGAGGAGGUCUUGUCAGAUUGA